AUGGAAGACGACCUCAUCGUUGUUGACGACCUCGAGCCCUACUCCUUCUCCCGGCCCACUCCAGGGCCCAUCGCUUCCACCUCCGCUCUCCCACCUAAUAUCAGUAUCAACACCAUCACCACCAGCACACGUCCCCAGCGCGCGGCUGCCGCUGCCGGAGUAACUGCGCGCCAGCGCAACACGCCCUCUCUUGGCGACCUCUCGCUCUCCACCAACGAGCGUACGACGCGGUCCGCGCACGCGCGGGUGCGGGGCGGCAGCAGCAGCGGUGGCGCACCAAAACUCAAGCUCAAGCUGAGUGACAAGGCGGCGGCGCAGGCGCCAGGGAUGAGCUUCCUCGGUACGUACGACCGUGAGCUCGACUCGGACGACGAAGAGUUGUCAUUUGAGGAGCAGUUCAUUCUGCGUCUGCCGCCCGGUGAGGACUGCGAGCGGUUGCGCAAGAUGGUCGCCGCGAGGGAGGUGGGGCAGGACGUGUGGUUCAAGUUCAAAGACUCACGGAGGGCAGUGUUUCACAUCGGAAACAAUCUGUAUUCUUCGAAACUGGUCGACCUGCCAUGUAUAAUCGAGGCUCAGAAGACACUCGACAGCAAGCAGAUGUUCAAAGUGGCAGAUAUAUGCCAGAUGCUGCUCGUGGGAGAUCGAAUACAAAAUGAAGACGCUCUCGGGAACCACAAGAGCUUCAACAUUGACGACUUCAUCUGGCAGCAUGGGGUCACCCCCCCUCUGCACCAUGUACGCAAACGGCGUUUCCGCAAGCGCGUGAACAAGCGGACCAUUGAGAGCGUCGAGCAGGAGGUCGAGCGGCUGCUCGAGGAAGACGCAUUGGCGGACGAGGUCAAGUUCGACGUGCUUGAGAAUGUCAACCCCGACCUGUCUGAUUCUGAAUUCCUCGAGCGGGAGGAGCCAUUGGACGCGCCUACGCCAGGCUUCUUGUCUGAGGCUGGCGAUGCGCCGACGCCCGCGCCCGGUGAAGGCGGUGAGGGGAGCGGUGAAGAGGACGAGGACGGCGAAGCAGAAGGUGACAUUGACGAGGAGCUCGCCGCUGAGCUCGAUCUCGCGCUUGCGGACGACGACGACGAAGACGACGAAGACGACGAAAGCGAGGAUGAGGAAGAAGAGGAUGAGGAUGAGGAUGAGGAGACGGCACAGGCACGGCAGCUCCUGCACGAGGAGAUAACAGAUCUCGAAGCUGCGGUGCGGAAAAAGGAGGUGGAGGUCGCGAGCGCGGGCAACCCGCUCAUCCGCCGACGGUUCGAAGACGCGCUGCGGAAGCUCCGCGCGGACCUGGACAUGAAGCUCGCGCAGCGGGACGAGAUGAAGGAGAUGGCACGCCGGCGGAAGGAGGGCGGGGUGAGCGAGGGCGGAGACGCGGAUGGCGAGGAAGGUGGGGACCCGGACGCGGUGGGCGGCGAUGCGGAGGCGGACGACGUGGAACGCAUGGCGAUGGCUAUGGCGAUGGAGAUGAGCGCGAUGGGCCCGCCUCCGCUACCAUCCCUGCCGCCCCCGCCCGGGCCACACGAUGCGAAUGUUGUGGUCGAGGAGGGCAUGGAUGACGACGAUCUUUUUGGGCCUGACGAGGAGAGCGUGCAGAUGGACACUACAUGA